AUGGACAGGGUAGCAGGAGAGAAAAAAUUAUCCCUGGUUGAUCCAGGCCAGCAGUGGGGAUUCCAUGUUGGCUCCAAAACAAAACCCGAAUCAGUACAUUUGGUCUUCAGAGAGAUUUUUUUUAAAAGUCAGAGUCCCAUGACUUGGAUGGUGUAUAAUCGAAUGUUCCCAAAAGGACGACUUGGAUGGCAUAUUAGUGAUGUUACAUUGGGAGGCUUGUUUUCAAUCCAUGGAUUUGGAUCCAGCAGUUGUGGUGAAGCAAGCCCUGCUAGUAUCCAUUCAUUACAAGAGCAAAGCAACCCAGCGGCCAACCCAGAUGCCGCGGGCUCUUCUGGGGUUAAGACAAAGGAAAAUAAAAGCAGCAGUUCCGUAGCUGAGGUGGAGAGUGGAUCUAGGAGAAACAUUCUUUCAGGAAACAUGGGGAGGGAAAUUGGGAAGAACUCAAUGGAGGAUAUGCCUUGUGUAUUCACAAAAGGAGAUGGUCCUAACGGGAGAAGAAUAGAGGGAAUUCUGUACAAGUACGGAAAGGGUGAAGAAAUAAGGAUAAUGUGUGUGUGUCAUGGUAGUUUUCUCUCUCCGGCAGAGUUUGUCAAGCACGCAGGUGGUGGCGACGUAGCUCACCCUCUCAAGCACAUAGUUGUAAACCCUAACUCAUCAUUCUCUUUGUAG